UCUCUGCUUCUUCUGUUCCGGGGGACUUUGCAGCCGGUCAUGAACACCGAGCCUUCACGGGACGCUAGCUCUGACUGCAUGAAGAGCGGGGAGGCUCAGGAGAUUCCCCAAAUGAGGAGCUACCUCUGUCUCACCAUGUUCACCUGUUUCUGUCCUGCAUUGCCCAUCAAUAUUGUGGCGCUGGUUUUCUCCAUGCUGUCCAGAAGGAGUUACUACGAGCAGGACUAUGAUGGCUCCAUGCGUCUGGCUCGGAAAGCUCUCCACCUGGGCCUUGUUUCUUUCAUCACUGGCCUCAUGAUCCUCACUGCAUACACCACUGUGCACUUUACUGCGCAUGCGGUGUGACCACCGGAGGAGGAAGGGGGAAUGAAGAGGUGAUACUGUCAUGGAGAGACCGACUCCACGGGAUGCAAAGGAGCUCUGCUUGUGUUUUGUUAUCAGCAGAUUUGUGAGGUUUUGCAAGAGCUGGCAGAGUCUCUCUUUACUGUUAAAUACAUGUUGGCUUCAGCUAUUGGGCAGAUUAUGUUGCAGUAAAACAUUUUUUACAGGUUUUGUGAUGGCAAGAAGAAAGUGGAUCCUCCAGUAUUAACAUCAAUACGAAGUGGGGAUUUUUAUCUUUUCUACACUGUGAGCACACAUUUAUAAAAUAAAAUCUUUCUUUCACAUUGUGGCCUGGU